UUGCAAGUUUUCCUUGCAGUGCAUGUUGGUAGCGCUGUUGCAAUCAACGGAAAAUGGCAGCCAAGCUUGGGUAAACAGCAAGGAAGAGAAUUGCUAGCUUAUUCAUGCAAAGUUUUAGCAGACGAUGUGGAACCGAGGUACUCAUCUUUGUCUCCGGAUCAACUUCGUAAAAAAAUACAUCUUCGAUCACGGUCUUCCGCUUUUGCCGCUUUGCUUCGAUUGCGGUCUAAGCUUUUGUCGAAAACUCAUGAGUACUUCAUGAAGCGUGGCUAUGUGCAUAUUGACACGCCAGUCAUCACAGCGAAUGACUGCGAGGGAGCUGGAGAAACGUUCUCCAUAGCUGAACCGACUUCAGGGGAAGAAUUCUUCGCCAAGAAAGAUGCAUUUCUCUCCGUCAGUGGUCAAUUACAUCUAGAGGCUAUGGUAAGUGGAAUUUCUCAAGUAUACACCUUGAGUACUGGAUGCAGAGCUGAUAAGCAGCAGAGCAGGAAUCACCUAACAGAAUUCCGGAUGUUAGAAGCAGAGAUCGCCUUCUGCGAUGACCUCAGUAUUCUACUGAAAAUUACCGAGGAUUUCCUUCGCUACUGUAUUUUCAAUUUGCUGAGUGAUCCAAUGAUGAUGGACGACUUCGAUUCGCUUGGACAGUUUUCUGCGAAGGACCAUAUGUUCGUCUUAGGAUCCAUCAUGGAUGCUCCACCCUUUCCCAGGCUACCGUAUGCUGAUGCCUUGAAGCUACUGAAUGACAAUAAUCAAAAGUUUACCGGAAGGGGGCUGACCAAGCAAAAUGAAGCUUUUUUGGUGGACUAUCAUAAAUCUCCAGUCUUCGUCACUCAUUUCCCGUCCGAGCAAAAACCAUUCUACAUGUUGCGGUCACCAGAUGGAAAAUUGACUGAGUCUUUUGAUCUACUCUGCCCCGGCGUAUGUGAGCUUGCUGGUGGAUCCAUUCAGAUUCGAGAACGGGGAAAGCCCAUAUCAGGUGGAUUCGGGUUAGGCUUUGAGAGACUGUUGCAAUUGUUAUUAGGAGUACCAAAUAUCAAAGAUACCAUUCCUUUUCCUAGAUGGUUCAAACAUUGUCAAUGCUGAGC